AAAUUGAACUGAACGCGAAUGUUGUUCAAGAUACCUUGCUAAUUGUCAAUACUGUAAUUUAUGCUAACUUUAUUCAAUCGUAGUAGUUAGUACAUAUCCAUUAUCCGCGCGCCAAUCCAAUCAGUAUUACUCGGCGCAUUUAAGGUAUAAGACGUACGUUGAAUCAUUUCUGGGUUUGUCUAUUAGAUAACCUAAGAUUAGAUAAUUUAUCGAAAUAAUCUAAGUACUCUUUAUAUCCUUUAUCAGAAUUUGUUGAUUGUGCUUAAAGUGUAGACGUAUAUUAUCAGCAGCCAUGAAAGUCGUAAUAUUUGGAUCCACCGGCAUGACCGGUGUUUGCGCAGUUGAAGCAGCUCUAAAAAAAGGGUACGAAGUCCGAGCUUUCGUACGUGACCCGUCAAAGCUUCCCGAGGACUUGAGAUCAAAAGUGGAAGUUGUCAAAGGCGAUGUCUUGGAAGCUGACUCCGUAACGAACGCCAUUGAAGGCACAGAUGGUGUGGUCAUAGCCUUAGGUACCCGGGGUAAUCUAGACCCGACUUCAGAUAUGUCAGAGGGCACGAAAAAUAUCGUUGAUGCUAUGAGAGCGAAAAACGUGAAGGUGGUAUCAGCUUGCAUUUCCGCUUUCCUGUUUUAUGAUGAUGACAAAGUCCCAGAGAGAUUUAUUUCGCUCACAAAGGACCACAAGAGAAUGUACGAGGAGCUAAAGGGAUCUGGAUUAGACUGGAUCGCGGUCUUCUCACCUCAUAUUUCUGAUGAACCAAGCCGGGACAUCAUCGUUGAAGUCAACCCCGAGAAAUCGCCUGGACGCGCCGUCUCCAAACACGAUUUGGGAAGAUUCCUUGUAGACUCUUUAACCGAUUCCAAAUACUAUAAGACGGUUAUUGGUCUGUGCAAUGUACCUAAAGCAUAAAUACACGUAUUGUCUGUCGUGUAAGCCCAACGAAAAUGUUAUACAUGAUUCCACUAUAUCGAAUUAACAUUGUUUAACAUUUUUCAAUGGCUUUUUCAAAGCAGGGUAAAAAUAACUCUGAUAUGAAAGACAAGUAUGUAUUAAGGAUUCAAAAAAGAAUAAAAAAAUUCAAAGCUUAUAAAUGUUAUAUACAUUUCAAAAUUUAGGGAAAAUUCUUAUUUAUUGUUAAAUUACAUGUAAAACAUAAUUUAUAGACUUGUGAAAUUUACUUGAUUUAUUUACGCUUACUUGGUUGUUAAUGCAUUUAUUUCAAUAGACGUUGGUAAAUAUUUGUUUUAUUUUUCCAAAAGAAUUUCUAGAGUAAACGGAGUGGCUUCUUUCGUCAAUAUUAAUGAUUACUGCGAGAUGUCAAAUACUGGAUUUAAAGAGAAAAACAAACAGAUCGAUGGAAAAAUUCUUAUCGCAAUUAUUAACUAGCGUAUCAAAACCCAUU